AUGGCCCUGGAGCAGGACUACGCUGGGAAUCUUCACCAGCAUGAUGGUGGAGUACCUGGGGGCCCGCCUGGGCGGGCGGAUGAGACGCACGGUGUACGGCCGGUGUACCUGGAGGCAACCGUAAUAUUCAAGCGCUACGAUGAACCGGCCCAUUCGACUCGAAAGGCAGACGGCGAGUGGGGGAGGCGCGAGCUGUGUUUCAUGACCGAGGACUCGUUCAGCUGCCGGGAGCUGCUGCGCAUGGAGCGCAAGGUGCUGUCCCGCCUCAACUUCCAGCUGCACUACACCAACCCCCUGCACCUGCUGCGGCUGCUCGGUGCCCUGGGCCGCUGGGCCCCGGAGGUCCAUCACCUGGCCAUGUACUUUCUGGAGCUGUGUCUGAUGGAGGCGGACUGUGCGGCGUUCGAGCCGGCCCAGCUGGCCGCAGCUGCCCUGGGCCUGGCGCAGCGGGUGCAGCAGGAGGCGGGUGCUGGGGGCUCGGGCGCCGGGCCGGAGGGCUCCAUGCAGCUCUGCCUGUACAGCGAAGAGGCGCUAGGUGCUGUACAUCGCCCCAUGGCCAGGGCCGCGCUCCGGGCCAGCGGCUCCACCCUCCAGGCCGUUUUCCUGAAAUACUCACGGCCCCAGAAGCUGGGGGCCAGCACCAGUCCGGCCAUCGCCAGCUCCGACUACCUCGCCCGCUGCCGGAGCCCGGCGCCCUGAGCCCGGCAGGGAUGGGCCUGGGCAUCUCCACGGCAACCCUGCUCGGGGGGGUGCUGUGUGUCCCCCCCUGCCUGUGAGUGGCGAUUGCCCCCCCACUAGGGAAGGGGGCCGGGCAGGCCGGGGGCCAUUGCACAGCUGGGGGGCAGAUCGACAGGGAUGGGGAAAGGGGGGUGCAGGGGGAUGGGGAUUUUUUCUAAGGCUGUUGCUGCCCCCUUGGCUCUGGGUGCAGAGGGCUGGGCCAUGGGCCUGCGGUGGCCCUGAAGGGCUGGGAUUGGGGGGGGAGCCUCCCGGCCCCCCCCGCACAGGCCUAAAAACAAACAAACAAACAAAAAAACCUAGUGUGAUCAGAAACAGGCCGUGCACGUGUCAAAUAAAGUGUUUUAAUCACUCUGGAGCUGGCUGCUGGCGGGAUGUGACCGGGGGAAUGCCCUGGAGGGCCCCCCCCAGCUCUAGCUGCUCAGCCCUUGGCCCAGGCCGCCAGCAGGGGGCAGGUUUCUGAUGGUUUCCCCAGGUAGGGGGACUCAUUCCCCGGGGGGCAGGUUGGGUCAUCGCUGGCAGCGGCUCAGACCAUGGUGGGGUCUGGCCUGAGGUCCCAGGG